AUGAAUGAUGACUUAGUAGAAAAUACUUUGUCCUUUGCUUCCGCACCGCGAGUUGCGCUCAAAGUUAAAAACUUAUCUGUACUUACUGAUAAGGAUAACAUCAUCGUUCACAAUGUAUCGAUGAAAGUUCCAAGCGGGUCCCUAAUAGCCAUAAUUGGUGGUUCUGGCUCAGGUAAAACUACUCUUUUAAAUGUCUUGGCAAAUAAAGUUGCAAAGGGAUUGAAGUAUACCGGUGAAUACAAAAUAGUUCCAGAAUCAGACAGCCCUACAAGCUUUGUAACGACAGCAUACUUGACCCAACAUGAUAUACUGUCUCCAAAGUUAACUUGUAGGGAGAUACUUCAGUAUGCAGCGGAUUUAAAGUCGACCAGCAGUAAAGCAGAAAAGUGUCAACUGGUUGAAGAACUCAUUGCAGAGCUAGGUUUGAAAGACUGUGCGGACACAUAUGUUGGGGAUCCAAAUCACCCUGGUCUGUCAGGAGGUGAAAAGAGAAGGCUUAGCAUUGGUAUUCAAAUGAUUUCAAAUCCCUCACUCAUGUUUUUGGAUGAGCCAACAACAGGACUCGAUGCCUACUCUGCAUAUUUGGCCAUCAAAACGCUAAGGAAAUUAAGCCAUAAGGCGGGAAAGACAUUUAUUAUGAGUAUUCAUCAACCAAGGGCUGACAUUCUUUUUCUAUUGGACCAAAUCUGCAUUCUUUCCAAAGGAUAUAAUGUCUUCUGCUCAUCUGUAAGCAAAAUGGUUCCGUAUUUCCAUAACCUGGGUUACGACGUUCCUGAGCAUGUUAAUCCAGCAGACUUCUUUAUUGAUUUAUGCAGUGUUGAUACCAGGACUACAAACACAACAAAACAAACGGAGGAGAGAUUACAAUUAUUGAAGCAGAGCUGGCAGUCUUAUGAAAAGAACCUUGAUUUCACAAUAGAAGACACAGAAAAAGAUAUCAAACUCUCUUCUCCCAGUGUACCCUUUUGGAGUCAAGUCAAGGUUUUGACGGCAAGAUCUAUUAAACUUAAUCUGCGUGAUACAGUAACUUUUGUUGGUGUCCUCCUUGAGCCUGUUGUCAUCGGAACAAUUGCUGGGUGGAUCUACUAUAAGCCUGAUAAGACCACGUUAAGUGGAAUUCGAACUGUGUCUGGCGCUCUUUAUUCCUCAGGGGCUCUUCAAGGCUAUCUUUUCCAGCUAUUCGAGACUUAUAGACUCUGUGAGAAGGAUAUCAAAGUUUAUGACCGAGAACGCUCCGAAGGUUCGGUGACACCCUUGGCUUUCUUCGUAUCUCGAAGAAUUGCAAACUUUUUGUUGGAGGAUUUCGCGGUUCCAUUUAUCUUUUCCAUCAUCACGUUCUUCAUGUAUGGACUGAACGUAAAUGCAAGAAGCUUUUUCAUCUACUUUUCCGUGGUGCUUCUCGUUCAUCAAACCUCAACUUCUCUGGCAAUGCUUUCUGUUUCAAUUUCUAGAGACUUCUCACAGGCCUCUUUGAUAGGAAAUUUAACGUACACUUUACAGUCAAUGGCUUCUGGAUUUUUCGUAAAUGCGAAGAAAAUGCCUGUUUAUGUCAGAUGGACAAAAUAUAUCGCAUUUAUUUGGUACAGUUUUGGUUGUCUAAUGUCCAAUCAGUUCACAGACUUCGCGUGCAAUCUCGAGGGACAGGAGGGUUGUUAUGGUAAUAUGCUUCUCGAUUCUUUUGGGUACAGCAGAAAUUGGAUUACAGUGCCAAUCAUCGCUGUUUUCUGCUGGGGGAUAGGAUUUUACAUUUUUUCCAUAUUUUUCCUUUAUUGGAAACGAGUGGAUGUCAGUAUGGCGACGAAAGUUAAAAGUAGAAAGAAAGCAGAACUUGGAACCAAAGACGAAAAUAUUGAUGUGGAAUCAUUCAAUUUGGAGACUCCACGAUGCGGCGAGAUCCCAAUAACCAUAGAAAUAUCAGGCCUGACUCUGAGAUUAGAAAAGUUGGAUUUUCUUUCGACUAACGCCCACAAAUUUGGAAAUCACCAAACUAAGUGUAUUCUGAGCCAAAUCGACGCUGUUUUCAAACCCAAUAUGAUAAAUGCAAUAAUGGGUCCCUCUGGCUCGGGAAAGUCAUCGCUAUUAAAUUUAAUAUCCGGUAGACUGAAUUCAACACUUUUUAAAACCUUCCAUACUGAAGGAACCAUAUCAUUCAAUGGCUUGACCAUAUCGCGAAAUAAGUUCAGGGACGUGUGUUCGUUUGUGCCUCAGGAUGAUGAUCACCUACUUGCAAAACUCACUGUCAGGGAAACUUUAUCCUAUGCAGCAGAAUUGAGAUUACAUCAUUUAAGCUCGAGUGAAAGAUCCCUUAGGAUUGAUGAACUUAUCUCUGAGUUGGGUCUGAAACAUUGUGAGAACCACUUGGUCGGUGAUGAAUUAUCAAAGGGCAUAAGCGGGGGCGAAAAACGACGCGUAUCAAUGGGAAUUCAAUUGUUAACCGAUCCUCCUAUUCUCUUACUGGACGAGCCUACUUCUGGACUAGAUAGUUUUACUUCUUUCAAAAUUCUCGAUGUCCUUAACAAGAUUUGCCAGAAACCAGGUAGGACUGUUAUUCUAACCAUCCAUCAACCUCGUGCAGAGCUUUUUGAAGACUUUGGAAACGUUCUUCUCCUCGCUAAAGGAGGUAAUAUAGCCUUCAAUGGUUCUCCUCUAGAAAUGAUGAAGUACUUCAGUGGUCUAGGUUAUUAUUGCCCUCCUCUAACUAAUGUUGCAGAUUUUUUUUUGGAUUUAAUAUCCAUCAAUACGCAAAAUGAUGAAAAUGAAGAGAUAUCGAGUAAAAGAGUGACAAAACUUCUCGAAAACUGGAGAGUGAGACAAAAGGAAAAUGCCAAAGUUUCCGAGAAGUCAAUGACUCAGGAAAAGUUGAUUGAAUUUUUGGAUAUUAACUCAACUAGCAAAGCGGGGUUUGGCGUUGCAUAUAAAGUUACUGUUCGGCGUCAGUUUAAGACAAUGAGAAGAAGCAUGGAUUCUUUAAUUGCAAGGCUAGCCCAAAUACCAGGUCUCGGAAUUAUUUUAGCCCUCUUUUUCGCGCCCAUCAAACACGAUUACACGAGUGUCUCGAAUCGCCUUGGUUUGGUCCAAGAGUCCACUGCCUUGUAUUAUACGGGAAUGCUGACGAACCUAGCAUGCUAUCCCAGUGAGCGCGAUUAUUUCUAUGGGGAGUUCAAUGAUAAUGUUUAUGGAGUAGCUCCUUUCUAUCUGGGGUACAUGACAAUUGAGUUGCCAAUGGCGCUUGCAGGAUCAGCGCUAUACGCCAUUUUCAUAGUCCUAGUUUGCGGUUUGAAUCGAACAGCAGGAAACUUUUUCGCUACUUUGUAUUGUACCUUGAUAAUUGUCACCUGUGGUGAGGCACUGGGGAUCAUAACUAAUACACUAUUUCAGCAGCCGGGAUUUGUGGUUAACAUCGUAUCUAUCGUCUUGUCGAUUGGUACUGUCAUGUCGGGGUUGAUGUCAUUGCAAAUGUCACGUGUGUUAAAGGGCAUCAAUUAUAUCAGUCCAAUGAACUACACAUCUAUGAUCAUGAUCAACAUGGCGUUCCCCGACGAUCUGAGAUUGACAUGCAAGGAUGGAGGACAAACGACUGAUGGAUCUUGUACGUUUUCAACUGGCCGAGAUGUAUUAGAAACCUUUGGUUUGGUUAAAAGCGUUCGAAUAUAUCUAGGAGUUAUUAUUUGCGUGUGGUUUAUUUACAGACUCAUUGCGUAUUUAAUUCUAAAGGCAAAGCUAGAAUGGUUUAGGAAAUGA